CCUCUCCUUUACAGGUCAUCCAGUAAGGCAGGACAGGUGUGGGCUCCUGAGGGCUCCACGGCCUUCAAGUGCCUGGUUUCAGCCCGCUUCUGUGCUGCGCUACUCGGUAACAUCUCGGACUGUGAUGAAACCUACAAUUACUGGGAGCCAACUCACUACCUGCUGUAUGGAACAGGAAUGCAGACAUGGGAAUAUUCCCCAGCCUAUGCGAUUCGGUCCUAUGCGUAUCUUUGGCUCCAUGCCCUUCCUGCCUGCUUUCAUGCCAAAAUAUUACAAACCAACAAGGUCCUUGUGUUUUAUUUCCUGCGCUGCAUGCUAGCUUUUACCUGCUGUGUGUGUGAGCUCUACUUCUACAAGGCUGUGUGUAAAAAGUUUGGCCUGCAUGUGGGCCGGCUUCUGCUGGCGUUCCUAGUCUUGAGUGCAGGGAUGUUCUGCUCCUCUGCAGCUUUCCUCCCCAGUACGUUUUGUAUGUACAGUACAGUGGUAGCUAUGACUGGCUGGUUCGGUUUCCUUAAUUUCAACAUUGUAUUUGUGUUGGCCCUCUUUUCUCUUCCUCUCACGGCACUUAUGGAGGCACUGCUCCAAAGAUUCAAUGUUCAGAACCUCGGCCGGCCAUACUGGUUAACCCUGUCACCUAUGUACCUGUGGAUGCUGGUGUUCUUCACUCGUCCACAUAAAGAGGAGCGCUUUCUGUUUCCCAUCUACCCUCUCAUCUGUCUGUGCGGGGCAGUGUCUCUAUCAUCACUGCAGAAAUGCUAUCACUUCAUAUUCCAGCGCUACCGUCUGGAGCACUACACCAUCUCCUCCAACUGGCUGGCUCUCGGCUCUGUGCUGCUGUUUGGAGUGCUCUCGCUGUCCCGAUCUGUGGCUCUCUUCAGAGGCUAUCAUGCUCCGCUGGAUUUAUAUCCAGAAUUUCAUCGCAUUGCUAAAGAUCCUACAAUCCACACGGUUCCAGAGGGAAGAUUGGUCAAUGUUUGUGUGGGGAAAGAGUGGUACCGCUUCCCUAGCAGCUUUCUGCUGCCCAACAACUGGCACUUACAGUUCAUCCAGUCAGAGUUCAGGGGUCAGUUGCCUAAGCCAUAUGCCAUGGGUCCUGAUGCCACCUGGAUAAUCCCAUCAGACAUGAAUGAUCAGAAUCUUGAGGAGCCGUCACGAUACGUAGAACUAAAGCAGUGUCAUUACCUGGUGGAUCUGGCAACAGAAACAGAAGCCCCUCGUGAACCACGAUAUGCCACUAACAAAGAGGAGUGGAGCAUUAUUGCUGAAAAGCCUUUUUUAGACACUACUAGGUCCUCCAGAUUGCUCAGGGCCUUUUUUAUCCCAUUUCUGUCUGAGCAGUACACCACCUACAGCAGAUAUGUCAUCCUCAAACCGAGACGACCCAAACACACCCGGAAAAGAGUGCAAGGCUGACCUGCCGUUCCUGCUAUUUUUCCUUCAGCGCAGUCAAAAAGCUCCUGCAGUGCUUCAUCAUUUGGUCCCAAGGUGUUCCUCCUAAACUCUUUUUGUGCACACACGUGUGUGAUUGUGUUUGUGUGUGUGAGUGAAUUAAUGUAUGAAUAUGCCAGAGUUUGUUUGACCAUCUUGGCUAUCAAGCCAUGCAGUAUCGGCCUGUUUGUAGACUUCAGUGGUGCUGCCCAUCCUGGACAGUUCCAGCACAGAGCAUGGAUGCCUUACCCAUCUUUCCCGAUAAUCUUCUCUCCAUUCCCUCUGUUCCUGUAUUCCUGCUUGGGCUUCUUUGCGGCUUUCUGAAGCGUUUCAGAAGAUUUCUGUUUAGACGACCCUUUAAGGACUACAGGUCUCUCGUUUAUCACCUCAUCCUUGAUCUGGGAAAAUGAACUGUACAUGAACUGAAAAUGAGUGCAGACCCAAACCAGAUCUCUUGUGUCAUCAUCUAUCCAUCCAUCCAGAGCUGAACUUCUGUUAAUUUGUCCUGCCAGCCUCAGCAUCUCAGGAUGAAAGUUGCACCAAAAACUCUCUCGGUGUUCUCCAGUUCCGUCAUCUGUAAAUGUGGACAUUGACUGUGAGGUCAGACUGCAGACCAGGACUAUUGAGUGUUUACAUCCCAAAUCAUGUUUGUCAUCGUAAUCAUAUCAGUGUUAACUGUGAUUGAGUCAAAUAAAAGAAGGCUGUCUUAA